GCUGUCUCCCUAUUCCUAUAUAUAUUUCACCUUCCUCCUCAAACCACACACCCCUCCGCUCCAGUAGUCCACGCUAUUCCUCUUACCAACUCCAUUGAGGAAAGUGCGGUAUUCCUGAUCAGAAUGCCGGAAGAUAUCUAUGCCGAACGUCCUUUGUUUGGUGGCGCCAUUGCCAGCACAUUCCCUGUUAGGUUUCAGGAUGUGAGCAACAUUCGACAAGUCCCUGAUCAUCAGGAGGUUUUUGUGGACCCAGCUCGUGAUGAGAGUUUGAUAGUUGAACUCGUAGAUGUGAAGCAUGAUGUUGCUGAUAAUGGAAGUGCCACCUGGUUUCUUCAAGACCUUGCCUCAGAACAAGAUGCCGAGGGAGCCAUGGUAAUUGAGCAGUCAGGAGUGGUUGAGGCUCAUGGGUUGUGUUUCAGGAACAUGCCUGCCGUUGUUACAACUGCUGUGGCCCAGAUGGGCAUCUCCAAGGGACGCCAAGGAAGGGAAGCACAAAACGUAAUCAGGGUGUACUUGGCAAAUUUGCGCCUUAAGGAAGUUGGUACAGAUGUACUAAUCACUGCGUAUGAGCCCAUCUUAAUAAACCCUUUGAGUGAAAGUGCUAGCUCGGUUGGUGCUGGUCUGGCUGCCCCUGCUGCAGAGUCCGGACGUAUGCCGAUGGCGGAGGUUUUCAAACUUGCAGUCUCCAGCUUCAAGGUGAACGACUGGGGCCUUUUUGGGAAUGCCACAGGUUGAGAAAUUAUAAAUGGCUGGUUAUGAACACAAGCAAUUGGUAUUUUUUUGAAUCCUUUUGUUAGUUUCUCUUUUGCAUUUUAUCUUAUGUGGGUUUUGCAAGUUCUUAUUAUGAACCCAUUUUUAGGUAGAAGGGUAAUCUUUUUUUCUGUUGACAUAAAAUCCAAGUGUUUGAGCCCAAGUUUGACUUGAUUUACUGGUCAGAGUUCUUUAUUGGUAGUUUUCUUUCUGUGA